AUGAGUGGCAAUGCUGAUCCUUCCUUCUCACGUUGGCAGGACAAAAUCAAGGAGCGAUUCACCAUCCUCGGUCAAAAGAUCGAAGCUGCCGAGUCUAGAGCCGAGGAAGCUGAGGCUGAGAACAAGAAGCUCAACCAAACCCUUCUCGAGCGUGACCAAGAGAUCGCCUCUUUACAACACAAGUUAUCCCUCGCCGAAUCCGAAUUGGAGAAAUCGGAAAACCAAAUCAAAGAGUUGAAAUCCGCUUCAGAGGAAGGUGAGACUCACAAGACCACGGGGGAGAACUUGGCUAGAAAAGUGCAAUUGUUGGAAGAAGAGUUGGAUAAGGCUGAAAAGGAUUUGAAGGAUACUACUGAGAAACUCAGACAAGUCGACGUCAAAGCCGAGCACUUCGAGAGACAAGUAGCACGAGCCGAGCAAGAGAGAGACGAAUGGGAGAGAAAGCACGGGGAAGCAGUCGAGAAGUACCAACAAUCCAAGAGAGAACUCGACGAAGUUGUCGCUCAAAUGGAAUCUUUGGUGAGUUAUUCUCCCUGUGUGAAUUCAUGUCAUAGCUGA